UCAGGAUUCCGCUCGGCAAACAAAUCAGUAUGAGACAUCCAGCUAGAUGCUACUCUUCUGUCCUCCUCCUCCUCGUCCUCUCCAUGAGCUCAGAUCAGAGGUCAAACACAGACAACAAGAAGCCAAUCUGCGAUCACUGCAACCAGCAGCUGUCCUGUAACUGCUCCUAUGGGGGAUUUACCAGUGUUCCCACUGUAACAGGCGAUGCCCUGAGUCUCGACCUUUCCUUUAACAGCAUAACAGUGGUGACGGAUGAUGACCUGAUGGGCCACAUGCCACUGAAGGCUCUGGAUCUUCACAGUAAUGGGUUAGCUGAGAUCCAUCCAUUCGCUUUUGACUCUCUGUGGAACCUGGAACAACUGGAUCUGUCUGACAACCAGCUGAUUGUUCUCAACCACAAAUGGUUCAGGAAGUUGAAAGCUCUGCAGCAGCUCAACCUGCUCAACAACCCAUACAGUUACCUAGGUUCUCCUCCAGUAUUUGGAGCCCUCGUUAGACUGAGGAAGCUGGCCUUUGGAGGUCCUGCUCUAGAGGAGCUGAGGCGAGGAGAUUUUUCUGGAGUCACUCAGCUGGAGGAGUUAACUGUUCAUGCCAACAACCUGACCAGAUAUGACUCUGGUACAUUAGCAGACAUUUGGCCACUGGGUUGUGUCACUUUGGCUCUCCAUGGUCCAUUUUUUAAAAAUUCGCUUUUGGCCGGGGCUAUGAUUCGUGACGUGUCGUACCCUGAGACACCCAUCACUCUCAAAGACAUCCAUCUGAUUGGAAUUCAGUCUGUUCAGCCUUUCAGAGAGGCAGCCCGCAAGAGGAUCAGGCAUUUGACCAUAUCUAACAUUUCUCUGUCUGAUGAGGCUAUGGCCGAUUUCCUGAUGGUAUUUGAUAAAGCUCCACUGAACAUACUUGCCAUAGAAGAUGUCACGCUGACAGGCGAAGGCAGGUGGGAGCGAGCCAACAGGAGUGAUCACAGAAGCAUAGACGAGUUCUUCAUCCGUAACCUUGUGGUCCUGGAUGUCUAUAAAUUUACCUCACUCAUACAAUUGGGUUUUCUGUUGGAGUAUCCCAGGAGGAUGUCUGUGAUAAACUCCAAGAUGUUUGUGAUGCCCUGUAUCACAUCUCAUCUGCUGAAAAACCUGCAGUACCUGGACCUAUCUGACAACCUCCUGACUGACCUGACUCUAGUGGAGACACUUUGCGAUACAAUAGAAACUUUGAAGGAAAUUCGAGUUUUAAACUUCAGUGGAAACGCUUUGAAGUCUUUGUCCACCGUGAGCCGACUGGUAACAAAGUUUUCUAAACUGACACACCUGGACAUCAGUAGGACUGGUUACAGUUUCAUGCCCUCAAGCUGCCCCUGGCCUUCCACCCUGCGGUUCCUCAACAUCUCUGGGGCUAAGCUCACAACCGUUACUCCCUGUCUGCCCAAAACCCUGGAGGUGUUGGAUCUGAGCAACAAUAACCUUAAUGAUUUCAUUCUGCUUCUGCCUGUGCUCAGAGAGCUUCACCUCUCUGGCAACAAGUUCCUCAGGGUGCCCUCUGGGCUGUCCUUUCCCAAUCUGCAGACCCUGACCAUCAAGUCAAACACCCUGAACGUGUUUGGAAAAUCAGACCUCCAGUCAUACCAGCGACUUGAAAACAUCCAGGCAGGUCAGAACAAGUUUGUCUGCUCCUGUGACUUUGUCAGCUUCCUCCAAAUGGAACUUAAAGGAGGUGGAGGCAUGAAGUUAACAGAUGGAGUGGACAGCUACAUCUGCGACUCCCCUCUCUACCUGCAGGGACAACUUGUGGAUGAAGUCCGACUCUCUGUUGUCAUGUGCCAUCAGGUUUUAUUUGUGUCAGUGAGCUGUGGGUUGGCGCUGUUUGUAGCAGUUUUGCUGUCUGUGGUGCUGUGGCGCAUCCACGCCUUUUGGUACCUGAAGAUGAUUUGGGCGUGGGUCAAGGCCAAGCGUAAUUCUCGACGCCGGCAACAACGCAGAGAUGCUGCAGACUCAGAAGCACUGAUAUCCUUUGAUGCCUUUGUUUCCUACAGUGAAAGAGAUGCUAGCUGGGUGGAAAACUUCUUGGUACCUGAGCUGGAGGAACCAAGCGAGAUCAACUCUGGGGCCAACUCCACAUCUCCCCAGCCUUUGACUCUCUGCCUCCACAAACGGGACUUCCUUCCCGGGCAAUGGAUUGUGGACAAUAUUAUCAGCGCUAUCGAACGCAGUCGGAGGACCGUCUUCAUCCUCUCUGAGAAUUUUGUUCACUCUGAUUGGUGCCGAUAUGAGCUAGACUUCUCCCACUUCUGGCUUUUCGAUGGGCCCGCCGGCAGUGAAGCGGCCAUCUUGAUCCUGCUAGAGCCACUGUCCAAGGAUGACAUCCCCAAACGCUUUUACAAAUUGCGCAAGCUCAUGAGCUCCACCACCUACCUGGAGUGGCCACAGGAGGAGGAGAAGAGGGAGGAGUUCUGGACGAGUCUGCGCAAUGCUUUGAGAGGAGAAGAUGAGUAAAAGAGCAGAAUAAAGAAUUGGAAGAUUGGGAAAAGAGAUGGAUAAAGAGGAAUGCACCGGAAGGCUGAAUAAAAAUCAAACAAUUGAAAAAGACAAAAGGAGGAAAUUAAAGGGACAAUAGCAUUUUAACCAGCUGAGGUCCAAGUGUGCAUUAGUGACAACCACAGCCUUAGUUCCAAACCCUGUGUUCUGGAGAAAAGCAAAAUAGAUCAUCCCACUGAAUGGUCCAGGACACAUCUCCAGAAGGAAACCCCCCCUCCACCUACUAGGAUGUCAUUACCAUCUUAUCACAUGGUAUUCAUAUCAUCCUACUGAAGUUUUGCUAGUAAUAGUAGUAUAUUUCAAGGUGAAAAUAAUGACAAAAGUCCACAUUUGCAUGGUAGGUGGACAAGUCUCAUGAACUUUAAAGCACUGACAAUACACAUGUGUCUUCAUAUUAUAGUUAUGAAAGCAUGCUGACGUUUUGCUUGUAAUGUGAUGAAAUGGACACUUGGGAGAGCAGGUGGUGUAUUUAUAUUGCAGCCUGAGGAGGUGCACAAGUAAACACAGAAAGUGUCACCCACUGCCUUUGUGUUCUGUUAUUGUUUUAUUUUAUUUUAUUUGUUUUUAAAUGAGAACUUACUGUAAUUAAAUUCAGGGAUGCAAUGACAAAAAUAAAAAUGUUAAUAAAUACAUGUGUUGUAUAAACAACUGGGCCAAAUG